AUGGUAUGUACAUAUUUAGCAUCAGCAUCUAUAAAAAAGAAACAGCUACUCUUUAGUAAUGAUCAUCAAUUAGAUGCAACAGAAUGUCAAAAUCUUGCACAAACGCUUGAACAAAAACUUGGCUUACCAGCUGGUACAAUUGCUAUCGAUGCAGCUGCAAUUGCAACAGUACCAAGAAACCGUAAACGACGAGGAUAUGAUCCUGCACGAUUUCGUCGUGGUGAAACAUCUCGUGGUUUCCAACGACUUUAUAUAAUUUUACGACUAGCACGUGCUAAAUGCUUUCAAUGUAAACUACGUCUUAAACCUUUCAUCAUAAUUUUAACAGUGUCCUUUGGGGGAAAUACAUUUACACAACCUAUUACUAUAAAUAUGUGUACCACACCUUUUACAAUUCCGGCACUCUUGCCUCCUAUUACUUCAACAGUUCAAACAACUACAAGUGCGAACGCGAAUAUAGGUGUUACUACAAAUGCAAUCGGUUAA